AUGCCAGCAAUUGACUUCUCGGAGAAUCCUUGGUUUGAGCCAACAUUCAAAUUUUACGACAGGACUCUGUUAGAAGACACGAAGAAAGGAGUUUAUGAGGUGACAGAAUUUUGGCAUCUUCUAGCUCUCUGUCACACAGUGAUGCCAGAUCGAAAAAGCGGCCAACUCGAAUAUCAAGCGCAGAGUCCAGAUGAAGCAGCUCUAACGUCGGCAUCCCGCAAUUUUGGAUAUGUUUUCAAAUCACGUACUGCUCAUACCAUCACACUUGAAAUAUACGAGCUAUUGGCUAUCCUUGAUUUCAAUAACGUCAGGAAACGGAUGUCAGUAGUUGUUCGAAAUCCCGCAGGCGAAAUAAUGCUUUAUUGUAAAGGAGCGGAUACUAUCAUCCUUGACAGGUAAUA